AUGAAGUUCACACAUAGUCUGGCAGCUAUUGCAGCUGCGGCAGCGACACAAACCCUUGGCGCCCCUAUAUCGUCUACGCCGAGCAUCUUGGUCUUCACCAAAACCGCUGGCAUCCCUAACGCAAUUGAUCUUGUCACCUCGAUCGCCAACAAGAACGGAUGGCCCGUCACGGCAACGGAGGAUUCCUCAAUCUUCACCACUCCGGGAGCUCUGAGCAAUUACACGACCAUGGCUUUCCUCCACACCACGGGCGACUUCUUGGUAGAGGCCGAGUUUGACGGCCUGUACGAAUUCCUAGUCAACGGUGGCUCCUGGCUGGGCAUCCACGCGGCCGCGGACUUUUGGAAUGCCACGCCGCCUUGGUAUACUACUCUGGUUGGGUCUCAGUUUGAGUUCCACCCCUGCUCUCCAGACUGGACAUGCACUGCGGAACAGAAAGAGCGCUAUCCUCCCGGCGGAAACAUCCGCAACGACAUCAUAACCAUCCAGGACCCCAACCACCCUUCAACCGCCGGCCUCCCCACGAGCCACAACCGCACAGACGAGUGGUACUCGUACAGGGACAACGUCGGACUGUCGCCAAACUUCACCGUCCUCGCUACCCUGAACGAGACCUACAUCGACGACAUCACGCCGGCGUAUCUGAGCAUGAAACCCACCCACCCGAUCUCGUGGUACCACCUGUUCGAGGGGAAGGCCAGGGCGUGGUACACGGGCCAGGGCCAUACUGUCGAGACCUACAACGAGGAUUAUUUCAUCCAGCACGUCACUGGGGGGCUGGAAUGGGUCGUUGGCGCGAGGGAGUGA